AUGAAAUCUAUUUACAAAUUCACCAAAUUUAGAUCAUCAACCUAUAAUCAGUCCUUGUAAUAUCUAGAGUAAACCUAAUUCGAUGCAAACAAUAAAACAGCAAUCCUUAUGCUAAAUUUAGGAGGGUGAUCUCUAACAAUAUAGGCUAGGCCCAAUUCAUAUUAAGAAAUAAGUCCAUUCCUGAUUAGAUUCUUUGAAGACACUACAGUGAUUAGAAUACCUUUCGGUUUAGGUCCAUACAUAGCUCGAUUGAGAGGUCCUGCUAAAAUCAAUAAGUAAUAUGAGAAAAUUGGAGGCUUCUCUCCACUUUUUAAAUGGACAAUGACAUAAGGGUUAUUAAUGAGCAAACCAUAAGGAAGUGGAUUUCUUCCAGCAUUUCGUUAUGGACUACCUCUUCAAGAAGAUGCUAUUGAGUAUGCUUUUGAGAAAACUGAAGGAAGAAUAUAAAAAUUCUUACUAUUUUCUUAAUAUCCAUAAUAUUCUUGUUCAACAGGGGGAAAUGCCAUAAGAAAUGCAUUAGAAUUAUUAUAAAAAUACAAAACAAUUUAGCCUAAAUUAGAAGUAUCUGUAAUAGAUUCCUGGCAUAAAAAUAAAUUUUACAUCUCUGCUAUGUCUACAUUAUUGAACAAUAAAUUGAAAAGUCAAAAUUUAGAUCCAAAUGAUACAAUGAUUCUAUUUACAGCACAUUCUUUACCAGCAGAUUUUGUUUGGGAUGGUGAGAAAUAUCCAUAUUACAUAUAUGAGUCUUGUUAAUUAGUCAUAGAUAAUUUAAAGAAUAUGGGAAUCUCAAUUCAUUUUGAUUUAUCCUACUAAUCAAAAGUAGGCUUAAAUAAAUGGCUUAGGCCUGCUACACAUCAUGCACUUAGUCAAUACAUUAAAAAAAGUAAAUUCAAAAAUAUUCUAAUUUCACCUAUGGGAUUUACAAGUGAUCAUCUUGAAACAUUGUAUGAAUUAGAUAUUUAAUUGAUGGAAGAUUUAAAAAAAGAUAUAGAAUCAAACUAAAAGAAUGUUUUAAGGUGUGAUUCAUUAAAUGAUCAUCCAUAAUUUAUUGCAGCUUUAAGUGAUUUAGUCAUUAAAGGAUUAGAAAAUAAAAAAUUAAGUAGUAAAAGAGAAAGAUGUAUAGAUUGUAAGUUUGAAUAAUGUGACCUUGUUAACAAACAUGAUCUAUGA